AUGAUUUAUCUUCAGUGGGCGCUUGAUACCAAGAUCAUAUUGAAAUCCAAAGGUCUCGGUGAAUGUAUCACCGAGGACAACAACUCAAAUGAGAAAGAUCGUUACAGAGCCAUCUUGAUCAUUCGUCACCAUCUAGCUGAGAGUCUCAAGGAUCAAUACCUAACCAUUGAGAAUCCACUAGAGCUUUGGAACGAAUUGAAAUCGAGAUAUGAUCACCAGAGAACGGUGAUCUUACCAAAGGCUCGGUCUGAUUGGAGGGAUCUAAGAAUCGAAGACUAUAAGUCCGUGGACGAGUACAACUCGGCCAUGUUUAAGAUCGUUUCAAAGUUGAAACUGUGUGGUGAAAGUAUUACGGAUCAGGAUAUGCUUGAGAAAACCUUUUCCACUUUCCACACAAGCAAUGUGCUGUUACAACAACAGUAUAGAGAGAAAGGUUUUAAGACCUACGCUGAUCUUAUUUCUUGUCUCUUGCUUGCUGAGCAGAAUAAUGAGUUAUAAAUGAGAAACAGUGAGAUGAGACCUGUUGGCUCAGCAGCACCACCUGAAGCACACAACACUGAGGACGAUAAAGAGUCCCACCAUGUCCAAGGAAAUGGCUAUUAUGGCCGUGGUCGAGGAAGUAGAUACGGACGUGGCCGUGGCCGAGGUUCCUCUGGCCGCGGACGAGGUAAUCAUAAUGGACGAGAUCAUGGACAUGAUCGUGGCUCAUUUGGACGAGGCCAUGGUCAUGGACGUGGAUCUUAGUUUAAGCCUCAACAUUCGACC